AUGACCAGGCCUCGCCGACACUCCGGCGCGAGCGAGGAGAGUUCCGGUACGGCCCGAGAGCAGGAGCUAGGGAGCAUGUAUGAUUACCUGGCGAAGAUUAUAUUGCUUGGCCCCAGCGGAACGGGAAAAUCAUGUCUUCUGCAUCGCUUUGUCAAGAACGAAUGGAGAGUCUUGUCGUCACAAACGAUCGGUGUCGAGUUUGCUACCAAAAUAAUUAAAGUCGGCACUGGAUCAAGACGGAAACGGAUAAAGCUUCAGCUUUGGGACACGGCUGGAACUGAACGAUUUCGAUCUGUCUCUCGCUCUUACUACCGGGGCGCAGCGGGCGCCAUCCUCGUUUACGACCUCACCUCACACGCAUCCUUCCGAAAUUUACAACCUUUCCUCAACGAUGCCCGAGCGCUCGCUUCUCCGAACCUCAGUCUGAUGCUUGUGGGCAACAAACUCGAUCUUACUGAAACUCUCAUCGAUCUCCCUCCUCCGACACCGACAAGCGUUAACUCCAACUCAACCCUGACACCUGGUAUACUAGGCGCCGGGGGCAGCUCUUAUACAAGCACAGCCACGACUAGAGAUCGCGGAGCAUCCAUAAGCGCGGGGAACCAACUAAGAGCUACUUAUGCGCCGGAAGGCAGAGAAGUCACAAGAGCCGAAUCAAGUCGAUGGGCCAGCACGGCAGGAAUAUCAGUGGUGACGGAGGCAAGCGCAUUCAACGGCGAGGGCGUAGACGAGAUCUUUGAACGACUAGCAAGGAUAAUUCUCACAAAGAUCGAGCUGGGCGAGAUUGACCCUGACGACCCGGCGAGUGGAAUACAGUACGGCGAUAGUGGCGGUUGGAACACAGCUAGCGACGGAGGCAGUAUCAAGAGCUCCAUGACAGGAGCCACGGUCGACGAGCACAGCGGACUUAGGAGGAGGCGAAAAAAGAACCGUACACAGAAUUGGGGGCUGCGAGAAUGGGAGGAAGUAUUUACACUGAGCAAUCGACGAAGAGGAGGAGGUUGCUGCUGA